AUGCCAAAGCUUACACUUGGCUUUAAAAAGAUUCGGGAGGUCCACGCGGCAAUUAGCGGGCCGUCUGGAAAGGUUACUUGGGCCGCAUUUCGCUCCGUGUGCCACGAAAAGUUGGGGCUGGAGAAAAACUCGGAAAGUCUGCGUGAAGUGCUUUCGCUUCCUGACAUUGCGGACGGAGUGCUCGUGACGCAUCCGGACCUCAUUCUUUUAUACACGGUUAUUUCCCUGCUGGACGGCAACACCGGGCGUCACUCGUUCACUGUCCCAGAGAUUCGCGCCUGCCUCGACGUGAUGGAGAAGAGCUUCAUGUUCUUCGACUCGUCCGCGGAUGGGCGUAUCGAGCGGAAGGAGCUGGCGCACGCUAUGAAGUCCGGCACCCGGGUAUUCGGACGCAAGACCUCCAAGACCCUGGCGGAUCAACUGUUCGACCAGCUCGACUGGUCACGGGACGGUCAGAUCACGUUUAAGGAAUUCCUGGUCGGCAUGGAACGCAUCAUCAUGGAGACAGCGGGGCACGAGGAGGACGAGGACGAGCUUGGGCAGGACGAGGGGGAUUGCGAGGACGCGGAUAUGGACUUCAUUGAGGAUGAGAUGAAGCCGUUUGAGGUCCCCCAGGCUCCACCACCACCACCACCACCACAGCCACCGGCGGCACCCUUAACGCCGUUACCACCGCCGCCGCAGCGGCAACAGACGGCCGAUCAGACCGCGCUGCGCAAGGGCAGCAGGCUUGGCUUGUUCUCGAGGGCGCCCGGGCAUCACCCAGCGUUCCUAGAUCCCCCUUGA